AUGCCUAGACUCAGUGUGUUCGCUCUACUCCUUCUCGCUUGCUCUAGUAUCGCAUUCCCCGAUUCGGAGGCCAAACGAACUACCGCUUGCACAACAUGGUGUGGAGCCAAUACUCCACUUUACGGGUUGGAUUGCAUUCUCCAGUCUCUCAAGGGAAAGGGGCCUUGCUAUGAAUGCGGCCCUGCAGCUCCCCCUUCGAACAAGAAAGUGCCGUGUGGUGGCGUCUGCAAAGAGUGUACAGGAGGAAAGACGUGUCAGAGCAAGGAAUGCAAAUGCCCUGCUGACAAGUCUACUGACUGCUAUGGAACAUGCAAGGCCCUUGGUACCGACACGGACUGCUCAGGAUGUGGAGAUAAGUGCAAGUCCAAUGAGAGAUGCCAGAACAAGAAGUGCACAUUGCAAUGCCCUCAUGGAAAGGAGCUUUGCAAUGGGGAAUGCAAGGACAAAAACUGGGGUACCGACAAAGACUGCUCAAAAUGCGGAGAUACAUGCAAAUACGGGGAGACAUGCAGCAAGGAUAAGAAGUGCGUUCCGAAGUGCAAGCAUGGAGAAGAGCUUUGCAACGGCAUUUGCAAGAAGAAUACCUGGGGUACAGACGAAGACUGCUCUAAAUGCGGCGACAAGUGCGGAGCGGGAAAGACAUGCAAGGAUAAGAAAUGUGUACUAAAGUGCAAGCCUGGGGAAGAGCUUUGCAAAGAUGUGUGCAAGAAGAACACCUGGGGUACAGACGAAGACUGCUCUAAAUGCGGCGACAAAUGCCCAGAGGGAACGACAUGCAAGGAUAAGAAAUGUGUACUAAAGUGCAAGUAUGGAGAAGAGCUUUGCAACGGUAAGUGCAAGAAAAAUACCUGGGGUACAGACGAAGACUGCUCAAAAUGCGGUGAUACCUGCAAGGGUGGGAAGAAAUGCGAGCAUGGGCAAUGCAAAUGCCCUGUCGACAAGCCCGUGUUCUGCGAGGGAAAAUGCAAGCCCUGGAAGGAUUUUAAGGAGGAUAACUAUAACUGCGGAAGUUGCGGAACCAAGUGCGAGGGUGGGAAGACAUGCAAGAACGGAUACUGCAAGAAAUAA